AUGCCACCUCAAUUCACCUUCAACACCUCCUCAACCCCCAUCCUGCUACUCAAAACCAAAUCCUCCCCGACAGACAGCUACGAAGAAUACUUCUCCGCACACAACUACACCCCCACCUUCAUCCCAGUCCUCGAACACAACUUCCACACCCCAAACCUAACCACCGUGAAACAGCUCUUCCAAUCCGGAGCCCUAAAACCCGGCCCGGGCCGCAAAUACGGCGGCCUGAUAUUCACAAGCCAAAGGGCGGUUGAAGGAUUCGCAACAAUCCUCAGCGAUAUCGAUGAAUCAACCAAACACACCUCCUCCCAAUCCCUGAUCCUUUACACCGUUGGCCCCGCUACCUCCCGAUCCCUAGCCUCCAUCCGAGAACACCACCUCCCCCACUCGACUAUCCUCGGCUCGGAGACGGGGAACGGUGAGAACCUCGCGCACUUCAUCCUCGACCAUUACAACUCGUUGUAUGACUCGCAAGCUGGCCCGAAGCCGCCGCUGUUGUUCCUGGUCGGGGAGCAGCGGCGGGAUAUCAUUCCUAAGACAUUGAUGGCGGGAUCGCUGUUGCCGGAGCAGCGGAUUGGGGUUGAUGAGCUGGUGGUCUACGAGACGGGUGUUAUGGAGGGGUUUGAGGAGAGUUUUGCGGGGGCGGUUCGUGCUUCGGAGGAGUUCUUGGGGGGUGGGGGGGAGAGGGCGGUUUGGGUGGUUGUGUUUUCGCCGACGGGGUGUGAUGCUAUGGUGCGGGUGUUGAAGGGGCUUGGGGAUGGGGAGAGGAGGGUGUUUGUUGCUACGAUUGGGCCUACGACGAGGGAUCAUUUGAAGAAUAAGUAUGGGUAUGAGGCGGAUGUGUGUGCCGAGACACCGAGUCAGGAGGGAGUAGGCAUGGGCAUUGAGGAAUUCAUGAAGAUGUGGAGGAAGAAUAGGGCAGGGCAAUAG